UUUGCUUUAUUAUAGAAGACUAAAACGAUAAAUUCAAUUAGCAAAUAAAAACUAAUAAAAAGUAACUAUGAUGAGUACGAUAGAAUGGUUUGUAUUGCUCAUUGCCAUCAUUGUGAUUAUACUUGCGUUAAUAACGUAUUUUAAUAAGCCAUCUCCCCUACGUCGCGUAUCAGAAAGACGUAAUUCGAAUGAAUCAGAAGUGACAAAUUCGAAUGAAUCUCUGAAACAAAAGAAUACUGACGUUGUACCAAAAAAAGAAAAUUCUAACCUCCCAUCAGCUCGUGUUAGUCGAGAGAUUCCUCCGGAGAAAUUAACUCCAGACUCAAAUAAAGCUCCGGGUCUGGAAAAACCAUCAGAAAUUCAAUCAGACAAAGAUAAUUCGAAUAAAUCAGAAACAACAAAUUCGAAUGAGCCAUCGAAUGAAAAGGAUGUUGCCAAUACGUCAAAAGAACAUUCUGAUGAUUCAUCACUUGAUGCUAAUCCAGAUGAACCUCCGGAGAUAAUAAAUCCCGAGCAAAAUGAAAACACAAGUCCAAUUAUACCAGCAGAAAUUGAAGAAGAUAAAGAAGAGGAAAAGACAUUACCCGAAAAAAACGUAGAUGACAUAAAUGACAAAACGAAGCGAAAACAAAAACUAAGAGAGGCACUGAAAAAUAAUUUGCCACUUGAAAGUGAAUACGAAAUGAUAGCUACCAAAAUGGAAGGGGAUAAAGACGCGGUUUUUAUGAAGAAAUUUACUGACGAUGAUAUGGAGAUGAAAGUUAACGAAGCUUCCUUGUUUGGCAUCGCACUUCUGAACAAAUACGCUUCCGACAACACAUUAACGAAAUAUUUACAAAUCGUUGAAUUUCUAAUCAAUCAUAUAGACAAAAAACUUGCAAAAGAAAAAUUUAACAAUUACCAGACUACGAUCUGGGGUUUUGGCUGGCACGACAUUAGCGUUUUGUUUGCACGCAUGCUGUCAAUGUACGAAAUCCUCGGCGAAAUUGAAGCUGUACUAGAAAUUUGUCGCCGUAGACUUAAUGAUAUGGGACCAAAGUUGGGCAAAGAGACGGGAUCGACGCCCGAGGGAGUCGAUCUUGUUCAUGUAAUGAUCCCGAGGUUGAUUACUGAUUAUAUAAACGACUUUGAUUCGUAUACAGCUGUCAUUGAAACGGGCAUAUUUACACGCUUUCGUAACGUUUUCGAUGUAACCGCAAAGAUAGAUGACGAUGGUGAAGACGGUUUGUAUCGAGACGGUUCAAAUGUUCGUCAUAAAGUAGCAACUUUCUCAAAUUUAGCGAAAUUAGGGAGCUUUUAUGUGAACAUAUACCGCGCGAUGGAUGACAGUCCGAAGAUAGAUGACGUUGUAGUAAAAUUAUUCGACAAGAUUCUGCAUCCAGACAUGGAUUUUGUACCCUAUGGUUUGUUUGGUCGGGAGCCUAAGAUAACUUGCAAGGAUAUUUUGAAAUAUUACUGGCCGGAAUAUAGAAAAGAAGCAAAGUUGGGCGCCAUUAUAUUUCCUUACAUUGGUCUCGGUGUAUUUAAAUCACCGAAAUUCAUAUUUGCGUUGCGUGUCCAACGUGAGGACAUUGCGGCCUACGAAAGCGAUCCAGAUAAUUUUGAAUUUGCCGCGGGAUGGAUUCAAAUGCGUAAAUUAUAUCUUACAGACGUCGAUUACAGUAAAUAUGAAAAUGUAAUGAAAUGGCCUGAACUUAAAUUACAACCAGGUGUGAUAUCAUUUGUCGAUGAUAAAUACAAUAAAUUUGACAAUUUGAAACCUGCAACCGGAUCAUUGGCUCAUUUAUGCCAAGGCGUCAGAUCGUACAUUGGACAUUUGACUGAUGAUAAUAAAAACUUGUUAUUCUGGAUCAAUAAUUAUAAGUUUGAUAAAAUUUAUGGUGAUUCCGAGGUAAUGGAAUACGGAAUUUGUACCGAUAACGGUUUAGUAAUGCAUUAUUCCGUAUACAAUAAAUUAGCGGAUCGUGAAUUGAAACUAAGAGUAAAAGACGAUGAUAUUAAAAGCGAUUCCCACAUGUAUAUUGAAACAGUUCCAGACUUAGAUGAAAACGGUUGCUUUACUUCCCGAACAAGGGGAACUUAUCGUUGGCGCCAAGUGUUUGAUACAAAUGUUGAACCUACUAGAAUAUUCAUUGAUUCGUUAUAUCGUAUUUCAUUUAUGUUCAAUAAAAAACGAUUCGAAAUACUUUUAAGUGAUGACAAAUAUUACUACACUAUUAAACGUGGUCUUGAUAUAAUUCUUGCUGGCAGCUCGCACAGCGAUCCCAAUGAUAGGUAUGAGUUAAAUGGCAAGAACUUCAUAAGAAAUCCCAAUACUAUGAUGUAUGAACUCGUUGAGUAAUUGGAUACAUUUAUUGAAAACAAAUUUAUCAUAUUGAAUUUUUAA